AUGCCGAAAGCUCUGCCGCCACCCGCAGGCUCGCUGAGCAGCAUCAACCGCCGCGGCGGACAUGCGACAAUCUGCGAGCCCACACCGAUCGACAACGACCCAGUCCCAUGUGACAAUCCCAUCCUCUCCGACGAUCGCCAAGCAUCUCACACUUCUUCGGUCGCAACAAGCGUGCUACUGCAACCAUUCCCGUCGACUGCUUCCCUCUUCAAUGUCGCACCCACUAUCAAGAGCGAAAGUAUCUGCGAUCUUAUCAUGGUCGUGAUCGAGCGAAUGUCCGAAUACACUUGGACCGAUUCCAAAGACGGCACAAUCUGGCCCCUGUGGGUUGGUUUCGAGCUACAACUGUGCAAGUCCGGCUCCACGCCCGAUCUCGAGCCUCCCUUCAUCGAUCUCGCCCAUACUCCCCAACCCGAAGAGAACCAUGUCGCCAAGACACCCAAGCAGUCGCCAAACAAGAAGCCACCAACCACUCCGGCUGGCAAGUCUCCAGCUGCCAAGGGCACAACUCGCACUCGCAAGACCUCACCUCUUGCGCCUGUACCCGAAUGGCUCGCCAAGCUAUGCUCCAAAGACGAGUCCGGGCAAGACUUUGCGCCUAUUGGUGACCGACGUGGAGCUCGCUAUGACUUCGCCGGCCUUGAGCAAAUCGUCCGAGCCCUCAAGACGUGGUGUAUUCAGAACAACGCUCGCCUUCCAGCCGUCGAAGCUCUCCCUGUCACCAUAGGCAUGCUGUACGAGGCACAAGUCGACUCAGUCAAGCACGAACUUAAUGAGGCCAAGCGAACCGCCAACGUCGCAGAGAGCACGUACAGAGAUGCUGUGCGUCGCAAGGCUCGUACCGCAAAUGCAUAUUUGAAUGCUUGGGAGGCGGCCAAGAUCGAUGUUCAAGACCAGCAAGCCGAGUUGGCGAAGGUGAAGGAGCAUGUCCAAAAUGCCAACGAGACUCUACCUCAGAAACGUGUGCACAAGACUCGAUCGCCCAACAAGGUCUCGCCAAAGAAAGGUGCUACACCUAAGAGAGUCGCCAAGCUGAAGAAGAUUGUCAAGAAGAAGGCGGUGGAUUUCGAGAUCUACGAAGACGGAUCAUGA